AUGGAAAUGGAUAGGACAUACAUUGUGGAGAUCACCAAACUGUAUCAGGAAGUAAGCGCUAACUUGGAAUCAUGUAGGAAAAGGGAAAAGCGGAAUGCCGAAUAACACACUACAUCAGGAACUGAAACAGACAUGAAAAGGAUGAAUAGGAAGUAAAUCAUGUCUGUAGAUUUUGAUUUUAUUCAACAGUUCAUGUUCAUGAAAUGAUUAAGUACUUACAUGAAACAGAAAGCUCUAUUUACAGAUCGAUCAAUAUCGACUUACCAUUUUUGCUAGUUUUACAGCUGGAGGUUGACCAGAGAAAUCAUCAAAGGAGAUGAUUUUUCGAUUUCAUAAUAAGGUACGAAAAGAUGUACUGAAAGGUGUUUUAUCGGAUCAACCUAAAGCGAAAAAGAUGCCUAAACUUAAAUGGAAUGAACUUUUAGCUGAAAAAGCUAAAGAUCAUGUUAAAAAAUGUAUAUUGGAUAGUGGAAAUCUUGGAGAUUUAUACGUUGGUAAAUUUGAUUCUGUUGGACAAACUGUAGCAGAACAUACUACAAUACAAAAUAUACUGGAUACUUGGUUGGAAGAAAAAAAUGAUUAUAAUUUCGAGAAGAAUACAUGUGAAGAAGAAUGUGGAAAUUAUAAACAAAUAGUAUGGGCAAACACUACAGACAUUGGCUGUGCUUCAAACAAAUGUGGUAACAGGUAUAUGGUUGUAUGUAAUUACGCUCCAGGGGCUGAUGAUGAAAGGCCAUAUGAAAAGGAUUCAUAAGAUAGUAAACGAAGUGCUAAGUAUGAGUAAAUAGAAUCUUUCAUGAUUUCAAAUAACUUAUUUUGAAUAAAAAAAGAAAACCAUAUUCGAGAGAGAAGUUAUAUAUACCUAUAGUGGUUUUAU